GUUUGGGACCCCACUGAACAAUGUGAAGCAGCAAUGAACCAUCCAAGAUAAGGCAAAAGAUAAGGCUCCCAGACAAUAUUACUCACUUCCAUCACAGAAUUCCUCAACACCCUUUUGUGCGUACAGACAUAUAUAGCCCUCGAUUUCUAUUAAGUCCCUUAGUCCAACUCAAUCUCACCGCCUUAUAAAUACCAUUCACAAUCCCCAGAGAACCCAGCCAAAUAUAGCCAUGGCCACCACCACUGCCGCUGCCACGUCAUACUUCUUUGGAACCCGUAUCCACAACCCGAGUCGGGGCUCCGGAAGAUUCCAAGCCCGUUUUGGCCUUCCCAGCUUCGGCACCAAAAAAUCCCCACCAACUCCCAAGAAGAAACCCGAGCCCACAGCAAUUGCCGAUCGUCCCGGAAGAUUCCCAGCUCGUUUUGGCUUUCCCAGCCUCGGCACCAAAAAAUCCCCACCAACUCCCAAGAAGAAACCCGAGCCCAUAGCAAUUGCCGAUCGUCCCGUUUGGUUUCCGGGAGCUGAGCCGCCGGAAUGGCUCGACGGCACCAUGAUCGGAGACCGCGGUUUCGACCCUUUCGGGUUCGGUAAACCCGCGGAGUACUUGCAGUUUGAUUUGGACUCGUUGGAUCAGAACCUGGCUAAGAAUGAGGCUGGAGAGAUAAUCGGAACGAGGUCGGAGACGACGGAGGUCAAACCGACGCCGUUCCAGCCGUACACUGAGGUUUUCGGGUUGCAGAGGUUCCGUGAAUGCGAGCUUAUUCAUGGAAGGUGGGCCAUGCUUGGAACGCUCGGUGCGCUUGCUGUUGAAGCUCUCACUGGUGUUUCAUGGCAGGACGCUGGAAAGGUAGAGCUGGUUGAAGGGUCAUCAUACCUGGGUCUACCACUACCAUUCUCAUUGACUACAUUGAUAUGGAUAGAGGUGCUCGUAAUCGGGUACAUUGAGUUCCAGAGAAAUGCUGAGCUUGACCCGGAGAAGAGGUUAUAUCCGGGUGGGCAAUUCUUUGACCCGCUGGGUCUUGCAGCCAAAGACUCAGAGGAAACAGAGAGGCUUCAAUUGGCAGAGAUAAAGCAUUCUCGACUUGCCAUGGUUGCAUUCCUCAUAUUUGGGAUCCAAGCCGCUGUUACAGGAAAAGGUCCUAUCGGUUUCUUGGCUACCUUUAAUAAAUGACCAACCACUUCUUUCAUAAACUCUUUAAUUCAUUUGCCGAUAUUGAGAUCUUAAGCCCUUGAUCAGCCAUAUCCAACUUAAAUUUUUAUUUUUUUUCUACUAUAAUAUUAUAUAUAUAUAUAUAUAUAUAUUAGUUUUCUACAAGUGUUAAUGGGUAUGUCUCUGUACAAAAAAUACUGAAGUAUUUCUUUGGCCUAAUCUGUUUCCUUUUUUGAUGGAAGCCUUAA